UUCUCCAGCUGGCUGUUAGCUUUAGCAGGUCAGGCCCCUGGGCAGUGAUCCCUUCCCUCAAGGACGUGGUGGCUUGAGGCUUUGGGAGUAAGGUGGGAGUGUUGCACCUGCCUCCUACCUUAGUGGGUACCCUAUGUGAGGUGGUUUGAUGGAAAGUGGGGAGGUGACAAGUCAGAAGGCUUGGGUUUUACGCCUGGCACUGCUCCCAGUUGUUCUGAGGUUUGAGACAAGUUGUUUCCCGCUCUGGACAUCAGUUUCUUUCUCUGUGAUACAAGGAGGUUGGACAGAUGAUGUUUUUGGACCCUCUGUGACUUAGCGGCUUAGGGCAUUAUGGGGGUAUCCUGGAAGAAAAGAUUCUCAGAAAUUCUUAAAGACCGUUAGGGAUAGCUUUUUUCCCCACCCAGACAGCAGAGGAAUUGGGUUCCAAAGCAGGUGGAAGUUGACUUCAGCAGUUGGUCUUUGGGCUUAGGGCUUAGGAGGAAGAGAGGGCCUCUCUGGACUUGCUUAAUGUGCUACACAGUCAUUCCCCAGGGAACUCUGGGGUAUCCUGCCCACCCGAUAGCUUUCCUGGCUCCCUGCUGCUUUGAUUGGAUUACUGGCCCGUUCUUUGUCUGCUCGUCUCAGCAACACUAAUGCCUGCUUACAGUCCCCUUGCCAUGCCAUUCCUGUGCUGCCCAGGACUUGUUCCAAUUCCCCUGGCAGCAGCUGAGUUCCUCCAGUCCCUAGCCCUCCUGACAACCAAGGCUCUGAAAACAGGCCCCUAUAGGCUGUUUGGUUCUGAAGAGAAGCUAGUUGACUGCUCUGGGGAGGAUCUUUGUGGCUGUUGAGGGGUGGUCAUUGCUGCCUGGAUCCCGUUUUUCCUGGGGCUUUUGUUUCUUUCUCUUCCCAUGUUGUUUUCCACCUCUCCUUGUGGACACAUCGCCUGAUGUGGACAUCCACCAGCUUGGUCAAUGCCACUCCUUUGAGCACUACCAAGCACUAUUUCUAGGAUUGUCCUUCACCCCAGCCCCGCCGUGUCCAGCAUACCAGAGAGCCCUGGUGAGGGAGUUGUCUCUGCUGAAAAGGUCUCCUGAAGAGGUGAUCUAGUUGUCUGGUGUAGCUUGUCUCUGGGAGGCACAGAUCACUUAUCAGAAGGCUGAGGCAGUUUGGUAAAUCCUGUCUUGAUGCCAGGCAGGGAUGGCGGAGCGGGCUGCUUUGUAGUGUUUGACUGGUUUGAGCACACGUGGUGGAAGACCUUGGCUGGGAGGGAACACUUUGCUGACCCUCAAGCUAAGGGGCUCCCACUGCUGGCACCAGCCUGUUACACUCCGGUUUAUGUAGGAAAGCUGGGAUUUUAACUGAAGUCAUUGGAUUCUGGGCAUGAAAUGUUUUGACACGGGCCAAACAGUGGUUGAUGUGACUGUGAAGAACGUGGGGAGAGAAGUCCCAGAAUAAGCUGGUGUUCCAGCCCCCUUUGCCUGGGGUUAGGUCUGAGGAGCACACCUGUGGACUGCGUGAGCUUAUGGCAAGCAGGAAAUCCAGAUCUCCUCCCAAAGUGCCCAUUGUGAUUCAGGACGAUAGCCUUCCCACGGGGCCCCCUCCACAGAUCCGCAUCCUCAAGAGGCCCACCAGCAACGGUGUGGUCAGCAGCCCCAACUCCACCAGCAGGCCAGCCCUUCCCGUCAAGUCCCUGGCACAGCGGGAGGCAGAGUACGCCGAAGCCCGGAAGCGGAUCCUGGGCAGCGCCAGCCCCGAGGAAGAGCAAGAGAAACCCAUCCUCGACAGGCCAACCAGGAUCUCCCAACCUGAAGACAGCAGGCAGCCCAAUAAUGUGAUCAGACAGCCUUUGGGUCCUGAUGGGUCACAAGGCUUUAAGCAGCGCAGAUAAACGCAGGCAAGAAAGGAUGCUGCCGCCAUCAUCGCCUCCUGGGUCGUCCGCCACAGGUUGCACUGCUGUGGCAGACAGCUGGACUUGAGCAGAGGGAACGACCUGACUUACUUGCACUGUGAUCCCCUUUGCUCCGCCCACUGUGACCUUGAACCCCAUGCACUGUGACCUCCCCCUUCCUCCCCUUCCCACUGUGAUUGGCACAUCUACAAGGGCUGUCCCAAGUCAAUGGAAAGGGAAAGGGUGGGGGUUAGGGGAGGGUUGGGGGGACCCACCAAGGACUCAGAGUAGAGAAUCAGACAGUGCCACUUGGGGUAAAGCCAGUGCCAGCAAUAACAGUUUAUCAUGCUCAUUAAUUUGGGAUUUUAAAACACAAAUGAGAACUCCCAUCCACCCACCCCCAAGUGCAUGUCUUCAUCACUUAAAAGUGAGUUCCAUUUGAAAAUAUCCUUUUUUUCCCCCUAUUUUUGUUUGUUUAUACAAAUAUCUGAUUUGCAAGAAAAAGUGCAUGGGAGGGGUUUUAGCAGUUUAAUGAAUUUUUAAUUGAGAAAGGGUAGUUUGGUAGUCUACUUAAAAAUGUUUCUGGGAAAUUUACCAGAAACAUUAACCAAUAGGAUUUUGGUGAGCUUAGCUUCUGUAUUCCUACUGCCGCCCAGAAAAGGGGCAGGGCUCUGUAGCCCCAGGACAGAUGAGCACCCCAUGCCUAUACCUCCCUCCCCCAGCUAAGUCCCAGGGCAUCUUGGCCCUGCCUGGAGACUGGGCUAGCUCUAUAGGCUCAGAGAGCCUGGGGAGGGUGCCAAGCCCACCUCCAGUAUUUUGGGAGAUAGGGAAAGUGAACAGACUUCCCCUUCCCAUACCCCUCAGGGUGGUUCCCUACCAGCCAGGCUUGCUGCUUCUAGAAGAGAGCAGGGAGUGAGACUACACUCCUGGGCUUAGAAGUAAGGGAUGUGAGACUUGCUCAGUAUUUUGCUGUCGGCACAAAGAAAGCCAGGAGAGAGUCUGGCUCCAGGACUCAGAGCCUCCUGCCUAGUGUGGUCAGAAGGUGAAGAGAUCCUCCCACUCCAGCAAGGCUUGAACUCUCUAGGGUCCAUGGAGCGUCAUCUCUCUUGAUGGCACCAGCUCCGUACUACCUGGUACAUUUCCUUUGUGAAGUCACUACCUUGGGAGCAGGCCAUCCUGAAUACAUUUGGGAAAAGACAAGCUGUGCAUUGCAAAGAUUGGUGAUGACAGACUGGUUCCCUACAGACCUCGGCUACCCUUCACCCCUUUUUCCAGAGCGAGGGCCUGGAGUGAAGCAGUUUCCCUUCUGUCCCUGGAGCCUAGAGAUUUGCUUUGGCUCUUCGAGGUGGGAGAGCCCAAGAGGGCAGCUGCCCAGAGCAGCUGUGUGUGUGUACAGUCUGGCUCAGGCAUUCUGGUCUCUUCUGUAGCACUGCGCCUUAUCCCUCAGCCAGCCAGAUGUCCUCCCCACUCAGUGGAUGAGUUUUGAAGUGGUUGGUGUGAUGUUUUGUGAUCAGGACAGCUUGAGGUGGCCAAGGUGGCAAGCUAGGUUUUGUAGGCUCACUCCACCCUUGGUUCACCUGGCUCUCAGCCUUGCCCUGUGGGAAUGGAGGCCAGGCCCAACAAGCCAUGUCCCACAACUUCUUCCCCUUAGGAGGAAGGGCCAGGGGCCAGUUGAAUCAGCAACUGGUUCAUAGCACACGCAGCCUUGUAACUGUGUGAAGUCAGGAAAUGGUCCAUGAGCAGAGCUGGAACAGAGCUUCAGUCAGUAAGAACCCGCAGGGUGUUGAGUUGUGCCCACAGGCUGUCCUGAGGGGGAAUUACCUCCAGGAGUGGGCAAGGGAGAAGGUUGGCUGCUGUCUUUAUAGUUCCACUGCCCUGACCAGGUUUCCUCUUUCUAAAUGUAUAGUGUCCAUCCUUCAUGUAAUAGUGGUUUCUGGCUCAAGGUGAGACUCUCCUUUCAGUUGAAGGAUACAGAGGUAGGCCAGGUGGGAAGGCCAGAAGUGCUGAUUGCUCAGCCAUUGGGACCACCUGCUCUUGCCCCCCCCCCCCCCCCCCCGUGGGAGCCAAAGGAAAGGCUGGCUGAUGGGUGUCUGUGGAUUGAGGAUGUAGUAGGGACUGGUGCUCCCAUCUCCCUACAGCCAAAGAGGAGGCUCUGCCCGCUGUGUGCCUGUUACCACCCACCAGCAGUCGUACCCUUGGCUUCUCAGAUGGAGAGGUGGCAGGCAGAAUUUAAAAAAAGAAAUGAAAACAGGAAACUGUAUUGUGUUGGGGGGAGAUGGGAGAACGGUUUGGAUUUUGUGUGUGGUGUUUUUUUUUUUUUUUUUUUUUGUAGUUGUCUGUAACUUUCCUUAAGUGCUUUUUUUUUUUUCUUCAAAGUAAGCUGCAGGCUUUGGCUUGGAAAACCCCAGGGGAAUGGGGGGCAGAAACUUGAGGCUGCUGCCCCUUUAUCUGCCUUCACGGUACUGUCCCCUUCCCCAAGCUCCUCCCUGACCCCAUGAGCCAGGCCUCAGACCUUCCAGCUAACCGCUUCCCAUGAGCCACUACUCUGAUGUCAGCCUAUAACCAAAGGAGCUGGGGGUCUGGGCCUGGUGACCAACCCUUCUCAGCCCACUCAAUCAGGGUGCUCCCCACCUGCAGGCAGGAGGCAACACCCUAUCUGCUACCAUCAGCCCCUUCCAGAGCCCACUGCCCCACCCCACCCGCCCUGUCCAGCCCAGCCAUACCCUGCUCUGCCCCAUCUGGGGAUGCUGUGCUCAGGGAUGGGCCGGCAGGGCUGUCCCCAGCCUCCCUGGUAAGCAGAGACUCUGGAAACCUCUGGGGUCCUGUUUUCUGGCUGUGUGAUCCCAGGGGUACACAUGGGCCCCUUGGGUGUCUGAACAGAAGGGCAUGGGAGGGAGGGCCGCACCCCUGCAGUCCUGCUCUGCUGGUCCAGCGGGCAGCUGCCCACCCCACCCCACCCCACCCCGCACCGCGGGCUCCCGAGUCGGCAGAUUAAGCAUUUUAUAAAUUGUAUUUUAAAUACAUGUUUUAAACUUGUCA